AUGGAUGAGGAGGAAUUAGACGAGAGCAAUAAUUAUGAGCGGGUUAAACAAGAAAUUCAUGACCCUGAGCUUCCAACCGGUAGAUUAGCAUCAAGGGAUGGACCAAAUGGUGAUCGGGAGCAAAAUUUGUUUGAAUUCAACGAGGUUAAAGAAGAAACUUUCGACAGUGACGCAGAGGAGGAUUUACCGCUACUGGUGCUAAAGAACAUCGCUAGCAAUGGCGAAGUAGCACGGGCGCCGGUUUGUUCGACGAAUAGCACAAUUAGUUUAGAAAGCGAAACGAAAGCGUUUGAAAUUGAAUCCGAGAAAUGUAAACCAGAAUCAGUGAACGACAAGGUUGAAACUUUGAGCAGUGAUAAACUAUCCGACUGUGAUGAGAACAAAAAAAUGUGUCAACUUCCUUCUGAUACUGAUAGCUUUGACGAGAUGUCGUUGGCAAAGAAAAGAAAAUUAGCACGAAUGAAAAGGAGAGAGGAGACUGUUGAACAGAAACUAGAGGGUUCAAACCGGAGGCGGACACGUGCAUUUAGGGUUGAGGAAGACUCGAAAAAUGAGGCUUCUGGUGAUGAUGAGGAAGAUCGGUUUGAACAAAAUAAUUUCGACUCAAACUGUUCACAAGAUGAGUUCGUAUUCCAAAAAGACAAUGAGAGGAAAAGAAGAAGUACGAAAGUACAAAAACGAAAACGUGGUCCCAGGAAAAAACUUAUGGAAAAAAUGAAAUCAACUCCUACAUUACACGACUACAGAUGCUAUAUAUGCAAUAGUGAUUCGUUGGGAUCCAGAAAAGCAAUGAUUGAACACUUUUCGGUACACGUAGAUAAAGUUCCCUACACAUGCCGGGAAUGUGUCAUGGAAACGGUGGUUUUAACGAGGGUUCGAACGUUGAACACGCACAUGAAGAUGCAUGCUCAACCAGUCAAGUGUGACUAUUGCGAUCGCCGAUAUAGCAAUGCGGCGGGGAAGUAUUAUCACACGCAAACAUUCCAUCUGGGUGGUGGGGCUCCCUGUCUUGUGAACUGUGAGGUGUGUGGCAAGACAUGUGGUUCCCAAAUGGCGCUCAAACAGCAUAUGAAAUAUCAUACGACCAAGCUUAAAUGCAGUAAAUGUGACAUGGUUUUCAACCACCCGAACAAACGACGGAAUCAUGAGCGGACGCACGAUGAAAAUCGCGGAUACGAAUGUGUGGUGUGUAAAAAGGUUCUUCAGACAAUCGAGUCCUAUGACGUGCACUUGAAAAAGCACAGCCAAGAGCGCAGCUACCAAUGUCAUCUAUGUCCGAAAAAGUUCAACACAUCGUGUAACUUGAUACUGCAUCUGAAGGUCCAUGCAAAAAAUGACAACUAUAAGCCGGCGAAAUCGUGGAUUGAGCACUACACCGUGCUUAGUCGAAAUCCGAUGCACUUCAAGUGCAAACACUGCGAUCGCUACAACACCGACAAGGUGAACAAUAUGAUAUCACACCUGCAAGCCCAUUUCAAGGAAUACGAGUGCGACCAGUGUCACCAUAAAUUUGCAACCGCCAAGCAGCUCAGAGCACAUUACACCACCCACACUGGGGAAAAGCCGGAAAAGUGUAAAUACUGCGAGAAGGUUUUCUCAACGAAGAACAAUUUGAGAAUCCAUCUGAAGGCAACCCAUCCGGAAUGGGCACCUCGAAGACAACAACAACAAACUCCAACACAGCAUGAUGACGUGAUUAUACCCGGUUCAGUGCAAAGUUCAACGGCAGCUGGAUCUCCACCGCAGCCAAUAAACACUCCGAAUGACGAAAGCUUCGAGAGCUCUACCGUCGGCAGUACGUAUGGGAUUAUGCGGGAUGCCCAAGUAACCGUUUUGCAACAGCCGCCGGCAGAACAUCAGUUACACACGCUCGGUGUACUUAGGAGCUAA